AGUCCUGUCCACCACCACCAGCCGCCGCCCAAGUCCGCCACCAACCAACCAAGAGUCCAGUCGGCAGCUGCUAAACCCUCUCCUCCCCCUUCCCCUCAGGCCCUCACCAACCGCCGCGAUGGCCACGGCGAUGUCGGUGUCGUCGGCGUCCCCGGCCGCCGCCGCCGCCGUCGCGCGCCCGCGGACGCUCGUCUGCGUGCCGGCCACGGCGCGGGCGCCCCGCGAGAUGGCGGCCGAGCUGGCCGCCGCCGCCGCGCUCGGCGCCGACCUCGCGGAGCUCCGCCUCGACCGCCUCGCCGGCUUCGCGCCGCGCAGGGACCUCCCCGUCAUCCUCGCCGAGCCACGCCCGCUCCCCGCGCUCGUCACCUACAGGCCCAAGUGGGAAGGUGGCGAGUACGAAGGCGACGAGGAGCCGCGGUUCGAGGCGCUGAUGCUGGCAAUGGAGCUGGGAGCUGAAUACGUUGAUAUGGAGCUCAAGGCUGCCAACAAAUUUAUGAGACUUUUGGCUGGGAAGAAACCUGAAAACUGUAAGCUCAUCGUUUCAUCCCAUAACUAUGAGAAUACUCCAUCGGUAGAGGAGCUUGCAGAUUUGGUGGCUCAGAUACAAGCAACAGGGGCUGAUAUUGUGAAAAUUGCAACCACUGCCACUGAAAUUGUUGAUGUGGCAAGAAUGUUUCAAAUACUUGUACAUUGCCAAGAAAAGCAGGUGCCAAUCAUUGGGCUGGUAAUGAAUGAGAGAGGUUUUAUUUCCCGAGUUCUUUGCCCAAAAUAUGGUGCAUUCCUUACUUUUGGGUCUCUCGAAAAAGGAAAAGAAUCCUCACCUGCACAACCAACAGCAGCAGACUUGAUUAACUUGUACAAUAUCAGGCAAAUAGGCCCAGACACUAAGGUCUUUGGUAUUAUUGGGAAGCCAGUUGGUCACAGUAAGAGCCCAAUUUUGCAUAACGAAGCUUUCAGAUCUGUGGGUUUCAAUGCUGUGUAUGUGCCCUUUUUGGUGGAUGACCUGGCUAAAUUUCUUAAUACAUACUCUACACCAGACUUUGCUGGCUUCAGUUGCACAAUUCCCCAUAAGGAAGCUGCAGUUAGGUGCUGUGACGAAGUUGAUCCUAUUGCCAGGGACAUUGGAGCGGUUAACACAAUGGUGAGAAGACCUGAUGGAAAACUUGUUGGCUAUAAUACUGACUAUGUCGGUGCUAUUUCUGCUAUUGAGGAUGGAAUAAGAGCAUGUCAACUAACAGAUCCAACCACUUCCCCACUUGCUGGAAGACUUUUCGUUGUUAUUGGGGCUGGUGGUGCGGGCAAAGCCCUAGCAUAUGGUGCAAAAGAGAAGGGAGCAAGAGUUGUAAUUGCAAACCGUACUUUUGCACGUGCUCAAGAACUUGCCAACUUAAUUGGCGGACCUGCAUUGACUCUGGCGGAUCUGGAAAAUUACCAUCCGGAGGAAGGGAUGAUUCUUGCAAAUACAACAGCCAUCGGAAUGCAUCCAAAUGUCAAUGAAACUCCUUUAUCUAAGCAAGCACUGAAAUCCUAUGCCGUUGUCUUUGAUGCUAUCUACACGCCAAAAGAGACCAGACUUCUCCGUGAAGCUGCAGAAUGUGGAGCCACAGUUGUUAGCGGUCUGGAAAUGUUUAUAAGACAAGCAAUGGGUCAAUUUGAGCAUUUCACGGGCAUGCCAGCUCCAGAUAGGCUGAUACGUGAUAUUGUUCUGACAAAGACAUAGUAAGUUGACAACAAAAACUUCAGAGCAAUUACAAGUUCGCUGGACAACCCUAACACCAUGAAGCCUCGUCUGUGAGUGAUUCAUCCAUGCUUUGGUGGCCCUUCAAUUUUUUUGGGUUCAUUUCUAUAUUUGGAUUCAGCAGGCAGUUCGCCGUUCAGCCAGUAUAAAUCAGAUGUUCCGGACUGAAACAUUUGUGUGCGCGCGCGUGCGUGUAUAGAAAAAUAUAUGAUGCAGGCAUUGUUUCAAAGACGUCGCCUAGGCAUCUGGGCGACCUAGCUCGCCUUGGGCGACAGUCACACCUAGGCGUCCAGGCAUACCCAGCUCGCCUUGUCGCUUUUAGUACACUAGACUAGAUGCAGUCAUGGAAAACAAGCCUCUUCCAUUGCACCCGUCAAAAUAGCGGCAGAUUUGAUUCUUCCCUUUAUUCAUGAAAUGCUACUUCUUGCAGUUUUGUAGCGGAUACAUUAUGUUCUCAUUUAAUAAACAUAGCGAAAUGUUGCGUGAUGAAA